CUGACCCCCCGCCCCAAUCGAUUGGGUUGGGUUGGGUUUGCGGGUGGACCGAUGACGGUGGCCGCCGCACGCUGCCUCAUUCUCACCCCCACCGUCUCCUCCUCCGCCGUUCUCCGGCUCCCCCGGAUCGCCCGCCGCCGCCCGCUCUCCUGCUCGGCCUCGCCGCUUGCCGUGUUCGCCACCAUGGAGUCGCCGCCCGAGGGCUACCGCACCAACGUCGGCAUCUGCCUCGCCGACCCCACCCUCACCAAGAUCUUCUCCGCGUCCAGGAUCGACAUCCCCACGGCGUGGCAGAUGCCUCAGGGUGGGAUAGACCCAGGGGAAGAGCCACGAGCAGCUGCCAUCAGGGAAUUGAGGGAAGAAACCGGUGUUAGAUCUGCCGAGAUUGUCGCCGAGGCCCCCAAUUGGUUGACAUAUGAUUUCCCCGCGGAUGUCAAAGACAAGCUGAAUGCUAGGUGGGGAACCAACUGGAAGGGCCAGGCUCAGAAGUGGUUUCUAUUUAGGCUUACGGGGGGUGAUGAUGAGAUCAACCUGAUGGGCGAUGGAUCCGAGAAGCCGGAGUUCUCCGAGUGGGCAUGGAUGACCCCUCAGCAAGUGAUUGAGAAGGCUGUUGAUUUCAAGAAACCUGUCUACGAGGAGACACUGAAGCACUUCGCCCCAUAUCUACAGUCAGAUCCAACAGCUUCGUCAUAGACUUUGCAGUCUCCCACGGGCUUUAUACGUAGAGGGGCUGUGUCAAUCAAUAAUUUCUCAAAAAUGUAUUGGGGCCACGGAGUAUUUCUAGAACGUCUGGCGUAUCGCCGCCGCCUGCUAUCCCGGCAUUGGAUCCCCGUAGCCCGAUCAUGCGCAACGAGAUGAGUACGUUGUUGUCGCAAUAAUAAUAAUAAUCUGGCUACAGUUCCCACC